GAAAAUCUAGGCGGCGGGGGUACAGGAAGGGCAGGCGGCGGCACCGGAGAGAAAGAGAGAGACGGAGCGAGAUAGAGAAAGUGAGAGAGAGAGAGGCGCGUCCGUCUCUGCGUAAUCAGCGCGUCGUCGUCGUCGUCGCCUUGUUUCGAGGCUCUCGCGUUGCCCUCGCGCGAACCACGAGCGAGCGAGUGAGUCGCGUGUGUCCCGCGGAUCGAUCGGCACGCACAGUGCCGAUAUAUCAGGCGUGCUGCGUGUGCGAGCGACGGGACGAGAAGACCCGGUAGCGCAGUUGAUCGUUACGUGCGACGCGAAUUCCGAUCCGACCGCUCGUCGAGCAAGUGCGGAGUCAGUCUAGUCGGUUGGCUAGCAGCGAGAACGGUCAACGUACAGCGGCGACGGCGGUGGCGGCGGCGGCGGUGGCGGCUUCGUCGUACACUCGGCUCUCCCCAUGGACUCGUGACAGCGCGGAGACGGAGAAGCCCCGAGCCGAGUAAGACAAGAGCGAGCGAGAGCGCGCGCGGGCGGGCCAGAUAGCGUUUAUUAAUCGCCGAGAUCUCUCAGUCGUGGCGACGAGGAAGAGGCGGACGAGAGCGGCGCGUGAGGGGCGAAGAGAGAUCGAGAGAGCGCACGGGCUUGCCUCUGCCUACGUGUGUACGUGUAUGCGCGCCUGAGAGCCUGAGAGCCGACUUGCGCGAGCGACAGAGACGGAAAGAUAGAGAUAGACUAGUGAGGGAAAGAACGAGAACGACGGAGAGAAUUAUCGAGUGAACCCUGGGAGAUACCGUGUUCUGCGAGCGAGGAUUACGGGGCAUUCAGGAGAUACGAGAGGUCCGUCUCGCUGAGAGCAAAUCGAGGCAAAACGUGGCGGAUUCGGUGACCCCUCGACUGUGAUCAGGCCCAUAGGCAGUAGGUAGGGCAAGGAGAUGCGCGAAUAUAAAAUAGUGGUGCUGGGCAGCGGAGGUGUAGGCAAGUCCGCCCUCACUGUCCAGUUCGUGCAGGAGAUCUUCGUAGAGAAGUAUGACCCGACGAUCGAGGACAGCUACCGCAAGCAAGUCGAGGUCGACGGACAACAAUGUAUGCUAGAGAUCCUAGACACAGCCGGCACGGAACAAUUCACAGCCAUGAGGGACCUUUAUAUGAAAAAUGGGCAGGGCUUCGUGUUAGUGUAUUCGAUAACAGCACAAUCAACCUUCAACGACCUGCAAGACCUCAGGGAACAGAUCCUGCGGGUAAAGGACACAGAUGAUGUGCCGAUGGUGCUAGUAGGUAACAAGUGCGACCUGGAGGACGAGAGGGUAGUAGGAAAGGAUCAGGGUGUCAACCUUGCCCGGCAAUUCAAUUGCGUGUUUAUGGAGACCUCUGCCAAAGCUAAAAUUAACGUUCGCGAUAUUUUCUACGACCUGGUGCGGCAAAUAAACAAGAAAUCGCCAGAGAAGAAGAUGAAGCAGAAGAAGAAAUCGCUGUGCCUACUUCUGUAAGGUAUAUAUGGCGGAGCCCAUAUUCUCCUACAUGAAAAUCCGAGGAUACCGGUGGAUUAAGAAAAAAAAGGACCGAAGCGGUUAUAAGACAAGAAAGAUACUAAUGACAAAAGAGGAGGAGGGGGCUGACGGAAUAUUAGGCGGCAGUUGAACGGGAAUUCUGAAAUCCGAACGGUUGUAAAACGAUGGUAGAGACGGGAGAAUAAGGGCAUAUAAGGGCACAAGGUAAACGCAGCGGAGCGAAGAACGAAGAGAUACGUGGAAGGGAACGCAGCGAUAAACGGAAGGAAAUAUUGUAUAUAACAUUGGUUCCGGGAUGGCUCGUGUGCACGCGCGCAAGCAACGGCGCACAAAGUAGGAUACGAGACCCCGCAGCAUCGGUUAUCACUGUAGGAGUUUUACAUGAAUAAAUGAAGGGAAAAAAUGAUUAAUUAAUAGUAUAUAUUUAGGAGAAAGGAAGAGAUAAGGAAACAAAACAGAAACGUUUGUGGAUGUGCGCGUGCGCAGGCCACCAGCCCCCAAGCAUCGCGCUCUCGCCGCGCACCUCUCUCUCUUAUAUAAUAUAAUAAUUAUACAUAGAUGGUACUUGAACAUUAUUAUUGCUAUUAUUAUUAAUAUUAAUUAUUAAUUAUUAUCGGAUCAUCAAAAUAUUCGUAAGUUAUCAAACUGUUUGUUUCUCAAACAAAGUAUGUUUUUCUAUAUCUCUCCGUAUUAAGGCAAAUAAUAAAAAAAAAUCAGUGAAUGUUAAAAAAAAGGGCCCAAGUUUUCUACUCUUGUAAUGCAACCUGGAUUUCAUUUUAUUUUAUUCCGAGCCCCCUUUGUCUCGUUUGUGAACCAUGUUCGGCCGUUCGCGUGAUUAACCUGUAGAUAAUUUCUCCUUGUUUCGUAUAAUCUACAUCAAGUAACAUGUAAGAUAAGAAGAACGGAAUAAAAUAACUUUGUGAUAUACGCAAUGUAAUUGAGAAUAUCAAAUGCGAACGUAAGAAAAUAUAAUAUAACUACCAUAUCGCAA